UGAAUCCCUCAGACUGCUGAAAGGAGAGAGCCGGUGUGAUGGCAGAGUAGAGAUUUCCCUUGGCGGUAUGUGGGGCAGAGUCCUGGAUGAUCAGUGGGACAUGAACGAUGCCAGCGUGGUGUGCAGGCAGCUGCACUGUGGAGUUGCUGAGAGCGCCUACAACCUUCCAAAGUCUGAGCAAGGGACGGGUCCUGUGGGGCUUAGAGGUGUGCGAUGUGCAGGACACGAGUCCAAUCUGACACACUGCAACUCCAACCUGUCUGAGACCGAGCAGGCAAGAAUCACUGAGGAUGUUGGUGUUGUUUGUUCAGGAAGCAGGCAGCUCAGACUGGUAAAUGCGAUGGGUCGCUGCGCUGGGAGAGUGGAGAUUUACUACCAGGGCACCUGGGGGACAGUGUGUGAUGAUUCCUGGGACUUGUCUGACUCCAACGUGGUUUGCAAACAGCUGGGAUGUGGACAUGCCAUUCAUACAGCUGCCUCCGCUCAUUAUGGAGAAGGCUCAGGACAGAUCUGGCUGGAUGAUGUGAACUGCUCUGGGAAUGAAUCCGAGCUCUGGGAGUGCCCUUCCAGGGGCUGGGGGCAGCACGACUGCAGGCACAAGGAGGAUGCAGGAGUGCUCUGCUCAGAGUUCAUGGACCUGAGGCUGGUGAAUGGUGAUGAUUGUUCCGGUCGCCUGGAGGUUUUCUACAAUGGGACAUGGGGAAGUGUUUGCUCCAGUCCGAUGGCUCAAGCCACUGUGGACAUUGUAUGCAAGCAGCUGGGCUGCGGGAAUGGAGGAGAAUUUGCAGAAGACUAUUUAUAUGGACAAGGUUCUGGCCCCACGUGGCUGGACCGUGUUCAGUGCCGGCAGCAGCACAGCUCCCUGUGGGAGUGUCCAUCAAAGGCAUGGGACCCUCACUCAUGUCAUGACCGGGGAGAAGAGACCCACAUUACUUGUGCUGAGAAGCUCCGCAUUGUGGGAACAGAGGACAGAUGCUCGGGGAGAGUGGAGGUUUGGCACCACGGCUCCUGGGGAACGGUGUGUGAUGAUUCCUGGGACCUCGCAGAUGCCAAUGUUGUGUGCAAACAAGGGGGCUGUGGAGCUGCUGUGUCUGCCCUGGGCGAGGCUGCUUUCGGGGCGGGGACUGGCCCCAUCUGGCUGGACAAGGUGAACUGCAAGGGAACGGAGUCGUCUCUGUGGGACUGUUGUGCCGAGCCCUGGGGAAACAGUAGAUGCCAGCAUAAGGAAGAUGCUGCUGUGAUCUGCACCAAUGGGACAGAGACCACUGCAUCCCCACAGAAAACAGAAACACCUCGGCGCCCAUCUCUGACAGGUGGGAGAGACAUGGUGCCCAUUGUCAUCUGCAUUGUCCUGGGGGCCCUUCUCUGUCUCGUCCUGAUCAUUCUGGGGGGAAAGGUGAGAAGCACAAGGGCACUGCGCAGAGGCUCCGGAAGAUACUCAGGACCAUUGCCUGAUGCUGUGUAUGAGGAGAUUGAUUAUAACUUGAGGAGGGAGAAGCUGGAGAUGUUUGGUCGCUCAGUCUCCUACUCGGAGGACUCCGUGAUGAAGCUGCAGUAUUACACUGGGGACAGCGAGGAGGGAAAUGACCCUGGAUCAGCACAAGAGGAAGCUUCCCCUGGGGAUUUCCAGCUGGAUUACGAUAGUGUGGAGGAGCCUGCAUUGAGUACUGCCCAUGUACCUCCAGACAGUCAAGAGGCCCUUGCCCUGGCUGGAGGUGUCACUGAAUAUGGUUAUGAUGAAGCUGCAGAAGUUCCUGAUCUUCCACAUUUUCCUGUUUCUGGACUCACUGGUGUCCCAGCAGAAAGAGAGGAGAACAUACAGACUUACAGGGACCCAGAGACAGAAUGGAGCAUGCCUUGGCUUAAAAGUGAAGGAACCUUUGAGUCUCUGGAAGAUGACCCAGCCCUUCUUCCUGGAGACACGGGUUAUGACGACGUUGAAGAUGUCUUGUCUGUGUCCUCACUCUAAGAAUGGAUUUGUGUUGAGAUAAUAUCCCGUGGGAGUCUAAAUGCUGAAUGAUUAGGAGCCUUCCAUCCAAAAUACAUUGUGGGCCAUAGGAGUCAAAGGAGCAACCCCACCUGGAACUAUUGUGACUGACUUUUUGAACAGGGUUUUUUGUACUGGCCAAGAUAUCUAAAUGUGACCAAGGAAGGAGCUGUAACUUGCCCUUUCAUUUUGUACUUC